AGGAAAGCUGCUGCCUCAUCACAAAAUUCAGGAAUGGAUAAUGUUUUCCUAAGAAGGAGCGAGAGGGUGCCUAAACGAUCUAGAGACACAAAAACUCCAUUCAAGUCUGACAGAAAUCCGGCUUUAACUGUAAUACCUGAGAUUAUACCUGCAGUUGAUCCGUUUUCAACUCCUGCGGAACAUAAGCUUUCAAGGCUUCAAAAUUGGAUGACAUUAAAGCCCGGCAUGCAUGAAACGUCCCUAUCAAUCAAUGAUAAUAAGAUAAGGAAAUCUUUCUUUCAAAGCAUGGAAAAUGCAAAAAAGGACCUUAAGAAAGAGCACAUUGAUGGAGCCUUUGCAAUGCUAAAUUGCAGAAGAAAUGAGAAUGCUGCUUGGUUCCACAACUACAAGAUUCCAAAGGCGUGCUUCCUACCUAUGGAGUUCUUGCAUUGCUUGCUCUCUGAUGAUUUGGCUUACAAGAAAGAAAAGGUCAAAGGUAAAAAGAUUUUCAACGAUUUAUUUAAAGAUACUGUGAGAGGGAAGGUAUAUCCAGAGAAGACAUGGGGAGAAGAUGUUGAUGUUGUGUAUGGGAUUACUCUUGGAAAAAAAAGCAAUGUCUGGAUUGGGAUGGAAAUUCAUUUGAAGAAGAAAAGAAUCACAGUAUAUGAUUGUUUUCAAAAGGAAAGCAACAGCAUUGAUAUUCCUCAAGUGAAAAAGUUGGCAGUGUUGAUUUCUAAUCUGCUGGUGGAAUCUUCUGGUGAUGAGGUAGAUAAGGUGAAGAUGAUUCCAUUUGAGAUUGAGCAGGCACAAGGUUUACCCAAGACAAAACAUCCUUUCAACUGUGGGAUAUUUCUUGUCAAGAUUCUGGAGUGCCAGUCAUUGAAGAUAGGAGACAUGACAAAGAUUAAUGAUGACAAUGCAUUGGAGCUAAGGAGAACCUUGUCUUGUGAGAUCUUCAACCAAUUUGUGGAUGAGAGCUUUGGGAAAUGAGAAUGAUGCAUGAAAACAUUUUUUGUUUUAGUUAAGACUCGGUUUUAGUUAUGACUGUUUAUUUUGUUAUGUUGUUGGCGUCUGGUUACAUAAGAAAGAUUGGAAGGAUAUCAAGUAUUUUAUUUGGGUAUCAUAUAUCUUGGAAGGUUAAAAUAUUGUUUCUGGAUGGGUUUCCAGAAAAAAAGUUAAGUGUUUCAAAUGUAAAAAAGAAUGAAAUGAGAUUAUAUACUAAGGAUUGGACAUGUA